CUUUGUCUGAAUUACUGAUAGAGUAUAACAAUUGAUAUUAGUUACACUGUUUCGCAUUAGCAUAUAACAUUUACUUUUAUUAUUGUAUACCAAUUAGAAGAAAAACAAUUUGUAUAAUAACAAGGAUCAAAUUCUGGUUAACCUAAUAGCAUUCAGCAAUAACUGCUGUUUCUUUAGUAGUGGUAAACCGAGGGGAAAAUGAAAAUCAGCAAAGAGCCAGUAUCAGCGUUUGCAGUAUAUUCAGAAAAAUUUAAACAAAAGAAAAAGACCAAGCCUGUUGUAGAAAAUGGUGAUAAGAAAAUUAAUAAAACUAAAAAGUUAGGUAGUGAUUUGAAGAUGCACCAGAUGAAAGAAAUUGGUGCUAUAUUGAAGCAUCUUGCAGAUAAGUCCAUAGCAAACAAUGAAAUAGUUAAAAAUAUUACGGAGACAAAUUCUAAAAUAAAGCUAAAACACUCAAAAAAUGCUUCACAACAGGAAAAAUCUCCUUUCAAUUUCACUGAAACAGUUUCAUCAAAUACAACAGAUAACUUUAGUAUAUCUUUAAAUAAGCCUUCUAAAAAGGCUACAAAAACAAUGAAAUUAUCUAAAGAAUCAGAUGAUAAUAAAGGAAUGAAAACUUUUGAUGAAAAUGAUAAAUCGGUCAGCAUAGAGCAAAAUAUCCAACUUGGUCCAUAUUUAAAUAAAUCUUUUGAAAAUGGCAAUAAUGGCUUAAGUAAACACAAUGAGGCUAAAACUGGAAAGCCUUCAAAAAAAUUUAAGGCAGGAAAACCAAACAAUUUGUUGUACCCUAAGAAGACCUGUAAUGACAGAGAAAAUUCAAGUUCCAAGGCAAAAAAGAUGAAAUUAAAGAAACCUAAAGAUAUUACAUCAAACAAUGUUUCAAGUUUGAGAAAUAAUGGAAAAAAAGAAAAUUUGGUAUUAAAGAAGAAAAGCGGUUUUAAAACAAAAUUACCUGAAAUUAAUGAGUUUAUGGUAAAAAAUAAAAAGGACGAUUCACAAGAAAGAGAUUGUAUGGAUCAGAAAAACAGCAUUUUAGCAGGAGAAAGCCUUUUUGAAUGGCUUAUUUUUCCAAUAUCCCUACAAGACUUUAUGAGACAGAACUGGGAGAAGCGGCCACUGCUAAUACAGCGAGAAAAUAACAGGAACUACUUCUCUGAGGUGCUGAGCACUCCUGCAAUCAAUGCUAUGCUCCGGGAGAAUGUUGUUUGUUUCACCAAGCAUCUUGAUAUCACUUCUUACACUGAUGGUGUCAGAGAAACUCACAAUUUUUCAGGUAGGGCUCAACCAAAUCUAGUAUGGGAUUUCUACUCCAACGGGUGCAGUGUAAGGCUGCUGAACCCUCAGGCUUUUCUACCAAAAAUCCAUGCCCUGAAUGCAACACUUCAAGAGUAUUUCGGUUGCUUUGUUGGUGCCAAUGUGUAUCUUACACCACCUAACUCUCAAGGCUUUGCCCCACAUUACGAUGAUAUUGAGGCUUUUGUUCUUCAAAUUGAAGGGAAGAAACAUUGGAAAGUUUACCCUCCACGGAAUGACAAAGAAGUUCUUCCACGGUUUUCAAGCCCCAACUUCAGCCAGGAAGAGAUUGGUGAGCCAAUUCUGGAUGUGACCUUGGAGCCCGGAGACUUGUUGUACUUCCCCCGAGGAUUCAUCCACCAGGCAUCCACUGUAGAGGGAGAACAUUCCUUGCACAUCACACUUUCUGCCUACCAGAAGACUGCUUGGGUGGAUCUCUUAGAGAAGACUCUACCUCUGGCUCUCAAGAAGGCUGCAGCCGAGGAUGUGGAGUUCCGCCGAGGUCUGCCCAGAGACUACCUGAACAUUGAGCAUCGUGGCGGUGAUGUGGAGAAGAAGGCUUUCGCUGACACGGCUAAGCAACUUGUGGCUAGACUUGGACACUUCUUGAGCCUCAGUUUAGGGGCAGGAGUAGAUCAGAUGGGUGCUCAGUUCAUGCAUGAUGCUCUGCCUCCUGUUCUUACAUCAGAAGAAAAAGAAAAGUCAAGUUUGGGUGGUGGUCUGAGAAUGGAGGAAAAUGGAAAGCUGGUAAACCGAGUGGAAUUUGAUAUGGACACAAAGGUUAAGCUGGUCAGAGCAAACAUAUGUAGGUUGGCAGAGGAGGAGGACGAGGUGAGGCUGUACCAUUGCCUGGACAACCCCCUGGAGUAUCACGCCGAUGAGCCCCAGUUUUUGGUACUGCCCCCUGAGGGCAUCCCUGUCAUCACACACCUGUUCCGCAGCUAUCCUGCAUAUGUCCAGGUCCAAAGGUUGCCCGUUGACGAUAAGGAGGCUUUGCUCUACUUGAUAACUGACCUUUGGGAUGCUGGACUGCUGGUGGCAAAACAGCUACAGACAAGCCCACAAGAUGACUGAGUGCGUAGAUUCACUGUCUGUGGAGAAUCAACGGUCUAAGCAUAAUGUAAUGUUCGAACACUGUUAAGUAAUUUUAAUGUUGCUCAGUACUCAUAUCUUCCUAAUGUUCUUUGUGUUUUUAAUUAUUUUAAACUUUUAUAAUUUCCUAACUUAAACAAAGUAGAAACAUAAUAUUUAUCAGGAACGUUCCUACUGAACUCUGUUAACAUUUUGAUUUUUAUAAGUGAUGUGCAUUUUUAUUUUACUACAGUAAUUGAGUAUUGUUGACAUUAUUAUAAAAUAUCAUGGAUUUUAACAAAUGUAUAUAUGUACUGCAAAUAAUAAUUAUUUGUUAUGUUGGAAUUUUCAAUAAAACGUUCACAUUGUGAUAUAAUUUUUUUUAACCUGUAAUAAAACUUCCAGUUGCUAUUUAA